ACCACAUUAAAGUGAACUUUCAAAAAAACUCUCGUGGGGCGCAGACCAACAAGAACUCUAAAAUCGCUCCGCUGUGCAUCUACCUCAGCCUGCUGGCCUUCAUCAUCACCUUCCUCUCUGGUGUUGGAAACUCAAGCACACAGAACAACGCUCAGGUGGAGGUCAACAGUCAGACCAACAUUAUCCCAGGGUCUGAUGAGCACGUGGAGCCGGACCAAGGCUCGUGCUCGGCGGUGGCGGCUCUGCUGCAGUUCUUCCUGUUAGCCACCUUCAUGUGGAACAGCGUGUACGGCACUCAGCUGGUGCUAAUUUUCCGGAAGAGUCGCCGUGGUCUUCCUCCACACUGGAGUAAAUUCAGCCUCGCUUUGGGAUGGGGAGUCCCAGCAGUUGUCAUGGCAAUCACACUGGGAGCCACCUACAGUGUUGACAAUCCUCUGGGAUACAGGCAGGAGGAAUUCUGCUGGCUCGCAGCUCUGGAUAAGGCCAAACGGUUCGACUUUGGGAAGCCGAUGUUUUGGGGUUUCCUGCUUCCAGUUGGUCUCGUUCUGAUCUACAACAUCGUACUGCUGGUUCUGGCCUCUCUGAUCACGUGCAGGACAGACCCCAUUCUGAAAAGCAACAACCGUCGGUCCUUGUGGAAGAAGUUCCUCAUCAGCUUUUCUCUGUCGGUCUUACUGGGUCUGUCUUGGACUCUGGGGUACCUGGUGCUCGUCACUACAGGACACACCCACCUGGUCUUCAGCAUCGUCUUCUGCCUCUGUACAACAACACAGGGGUUUCAGAUCUUCAUCCUCUUCACGGCCAGAACACAGAGCUUCAGAGCCACCGUGUUGCGGUCUGUUCGGCACGUCUCGUAUGUCAACAAAAAGUACAGUCUGAAGAACUUAAAGAAGACGACCAGCUUUGAGUCGUUCAGAGACCUGAAAGAAAAGGACAGGUCCACCAUCAAAACCCUGUAGCAAGACAUUGCAAAACAGCUGCUUUGGUGCAAAUAUACUGCAUUUAUGUGAGGAAAUAUUUGGGUUUAUUAUUCGAACGGGUUUGUUUUUCUAAAUGUAGGAAAGAAAAAAUGUUGUUAAAGCUCGGAUCUGUUUGUUAACGUGGGUCAUGGAGGACAUUAAAACACUGUAGAACACUUUGCUCCUUCUUAGAGUCAUAAGGCAGUACAAUCUGAACACACAUAUUUAUAGAUUCAGUGUGACUUUCAUGUUCUGAUAAAGAUAAAAAACUGAGAGAAAGAUGCUGCAGACCCUACCUGAGAAUCUUCAUGUUUUCAAGUUUACUUCAGUGCCACAGCGAUCCAGUGACAGUUGUCUGAACAUCCGUACUAACUGCUAACAGGAGUCGCUAACAGCUACUUCAGCUACUUUUAAUGGGGACUGUACAGCAGAACUCAGUAUAACAUAAUGCCUAGCAGGUGUCUGAUUUAAAUAUUCAAUUUGUUUUCAGCAUUUCUUUGUAGUUUUUUAAUGACUCCUCCUUCACUCCUGACAGGUUUUGUUGUAAAAAAGUAUAAUCUUCCUCAAAUGGCCUCAAAUAAGAAACAUCUGAGAUUUAAGAGUUUUAUUUCAAACUAAAGUGACUCGGCUUGUUUUGGCACCAGGCAGCGGCAGAAGUCUGUUUUUAACAAAGCGAAGGAACAAACACUUUCAUAUUUUAUUCUAUCUGAGGUGAUGAUUCAUGUUUUUGAUCAUUAAUCUAAAAUAUUUUUCUUUUUGUAAAGAGCUGCAUUUUGUUAUUGAUUGUUGAAGUCUACUUUCUGCAGAUAUUUUUAUGUUUGUGAUUAUUAUAAAGUACUCACAGAUUGCACUUUUUCUUGUACAAUAUUGAGGUAUUUAUACUUUGCAUCAUUUUAAUUUUAUGAUACUUUAGAAGAAAUGUGUUUAAUCCACUCCAUUUCUCUGACAGCAUUAGUUUCUUUGUUCAGAUACAGUUGUUUAUCUAAAACAAAAAUGAUGAUUGUAACAAUUUAAUGUAUC